CAGAUACUUAAGGCUUGCUUGAACUGUUUGUGGGAAUGCUUCGUGGAUAAUGUGGUGAUUGGAGAAGGAUUACACGUCUAAUCAAGGUCUCUUGGACUAGAGCAGUGUCUUCUUUUGUAACUAAUUUCCAUCUUCUGUCAUUUCCUUGUUUAAUAUUCCAAAAAGAAGGUAAGAGAAGGGUAGAACAAUCACCGUAUCACAGUUUCAAAUUUUUAGUUAUGAGAAGUUGUAGGUUGGAUGAUUAUUUCGAAGCUCUAUCUCAAAAAUAAAGUCAUGUCAAUUGUAUUUGGUAUCAGAGUGAUCUGACUUAGAUCAACUUUUGACUAGUUCUUUGUCUCCUUUAUACCUACUUUCAACCCAAAUUCUAUUCACAGAGUUUGCAUUUCUCCACAACUAUAAUGUUCGACGUUGCUUAUAUAAUCUGUACAUUGAUCAGGUGAAUCUGAUCUUACUUUCUGGUCCACCCUCUGAGCACUUUAAAAAUGGAGAAGAAAGGCCAGAAUGGUGGUACAUAUGACUCAUUGUUGACUCAUCAUCCGAUUCUCUGUAUCAUUGCUUUAUCUGUGAUUUUUAUAGCGAUCGACCCCUUUCACAUAAGUCCAAUUGGGGGUCGUGAGUUCAAACCUGUGAAGCACGAGGUUGCUCCAUACAAGCAAGUUAUGGAAAGAUGGCCAAGAGACAACCUUAGUCGACUGGGUAAUCAUGGGAAACUGGAGUUUGUGGACCAAGUCUUUGGUCCAGAGUCAUUAGAGUUUGAUAGUUUAGGUCGUGGUCCAUACACAGGGUUGGCUGAUGGAAGAGUGGUUAGAUGGAUGGGUGAAGCAAUUGGAUGGGAGACAUUUUCCGUGGUAACAUCAAAAUGGUCAGAGAAAGCUUGUGUGAGAGGUGUGGAUUCAACAACAAAUAAGCAAUGGAAACACGAGAAGCUGUGUGGGAGACCUCUUGGUCUGAGAUUUGAUAAAGAGACAGGAAAUUUGUACAUUGCAGACGCUUACUAUGGUCUUCUUAUGGUUGGUCCUGAAGGAGGGAUCGCUACGCCUUUAGCUACUCAUGUGGAAGGAAAGCCUAUACUAUUUGCAAAUGAUCUUGACGUCCAUAGAAAUGGCUCUAUCUUCUUCACUGACACCAGCAAAAGAUAUGACAGAGCGAAUCAUUUCUUUAUAUUACUGGAAGGAGAAUCAACAGGAAGGCUUCUAAGAUAUGAUCCACCUACCAAAACAACACACGUUGUGCUGGAUGGUUUGGCUUUUCCCAAUGGAAUUCAGCUCUCUAAAGAUCAGUCUUUCCUUCUCUUCACGGAAACAACCAAUUGCAGAUUGGUGAAAUACUGGCUGGAAGGUCCAAAGACGGGUGACGUAGAGGUGGUGGCAGAUCUCCCGGGAUUCCCAGACAAUGUAAGAAUAAACGAAAAGGGUCAGUUUUGGGUUGCAAUAGACUGUUGCAGAACACCGGCACAAGAAGUUCUUACAAACAACCCUUGGAUAAAAAGCAUCUACUUCCGGUUGCCAAUACCGAUGAAGCUGCUGGCGAAAACGAUGGGGAUGAGAAUGUACACUGUGAUAUCGAGAUUCGACGAGGAAGGUAAGGUCCUGGAGGUGCUCGAGGAUAGACAAGGCAAGGUAAUGAAGCUUGUGAGUGAAGUGAGGGAAGUUCAAGGGAAGCUUUGGAUUGGAACAGUGGCUCAUAACCACAUUGCCACUUUGCCUUACCCUAUAACAAUAAAUCAAUGAAGAACUUUGUUGUUGUAGUUCCCUAGCUUUUGGUGUUUCUUUAUAUCCUCUUGAUUUAAAAUUCAUGAGGAUAGGGAAACAAUAUAAACAAGUUGAUGAUUUAACUAAAUCAUCUCUCUGUAACUAAUUAUCUUCGUUUUGAUUCGAGUUCCAUUGGACUGAUUCGUCUUUUGUUCA